CUCACUGCGCCCGCGCAGAAUCGUAUCCCGGCCUGCGCGCAGGCGGCGGCGGCGUCUCUCCCGCGCCCGCCCCGGUUCUCUCCGCUGCGAAGCCCGCUCCACUUCGCCGCCAAGAUGCCGCGGAUUAUGAUUAAAGGCGGGGUGUGGAGGAACACCGAGGAUGAAAUUCUUAAAGCAGCUGUAAUGAAAUAUGGCAAAAACCAGUGGUCUCGGAUUGCUUCUUUGUUGCAUAGAAAGUCAGCAAAACAGUGCAAAGCCAGAUGGUACGAGUGGCUGGACCCAAGCAUCAAAAAGACUGAGUGGUCCCGGGAAGAGGAGGAGAAACUGUUACAUUUAGCCAAGCUAAUGCCAACCCAGUGGAGGACCAUCGCCCCAAUCAUUGGAAGAACAGCUGCACAAUGCUUGGAACACUAUGAAUUUCUGCUGGACAAAGCUGCUCAGAGAGAUAAUGAGGAAGAAACUGCAGAUGAUCCUCGAAAACUUAAACCUGGAGAAAUUGAUCCAAAUCCAGAGACCAAACCAGCCCGGCCAGACCCCAUUGAUAUGGAUGAAGAUGAGCUUGAAAUGCUGUCAGAAGCUAGAGCUCGUCUGGCUAAUACUCAGGGAAAGAAAGCCAAGCGGAAAGCAAGAGAGAAGCAGCUGGAAGAAGCUAGACGCCUUGCGGCUCUCCAGAAGAGACGGGAAUUGCGAGCUGCAGGGAUUGAGAUCCAGAAGAAAAGAAAAAAGAAAAGAGGUGUGGAUUAUAAUGCAGAAAUCCCAUUUGAAAAGAAGCCUGCCCCCGGUUUUUAUGAUACGUCAGAGGAAAAUUACCAGUCGCUGGAUGCAGACUUCAGGAAGCUACGUCAGCAAGAUCUUGAUGGGGAACUAAGAUCUGAGAAGGAAGGACGAGAACGCAAAAAGGACAAACAACAUCUGAAACGGAAAAAAGAAUCUGACUUGCCAUCAGCUAUCCUUCAAACCAGUGGAGUGUCAGAGUUCACUAAAAAAAGAAGCAAACUGGUUCUUCCAGCUCCUCAGAUUUCAGAUACAGAGCUGGAAGAAGUAGUAAAAGUUGGCCAGGCAAGUGAGAUCGCCCGUCAGACAGCCGAAGAGUCUGGAAUUACAAACUCCGCUUCCAGUACCCUUUUAUCUGAAUAUAAUGUCACGAAUAACAGCAUCGCCCUUCGAACACCCAAAACCCCAGCUGCACAGGACAGGAUCCUACAGGAAGCCCAGAACUUGAUGGCCCUAACCAACGUAGACACCCCCCUGAAAGGUGGUCUGAAUACUCCCCUCCACGAGAGUGACUUCUCUGGGGUGACACCCCAAAGACAAGUUGUUCAGACUCCAAAUACAGUGCUUUCAACACCCUUCAGGACUCCUUCUCAUGGACCAGAAGGUUUAACCCCUCGUGGGGGAACAACUCCUAAACCAGCAGUUGGAGCAACACCAGGUAGAACUCCCCUGCGAGACAAGUUAAACAUCAAUCCAGAGGAAGGAAUGGCAGAUUACAGUGACCCAUCUUAUACAAAGCAGCUGGAGAGGGAGUCUCGUGAGCAUCUUCGUGUAGGCCUUCUGUCCCUUCCUGCCCCAAAGAAUGACUUUGAGAUUGUAUUACCAGAAAAUGCAGAAAAAGAGCUUGAGGAACAUGAAGUAGAUGAGACCUUUGUGGAAGAUGCUGCUGAUAUUGAUGCUCGCAAACAGGCUAUUAGAGAUGCAGAACGUGUAAAGGAGCUGAAGCGCAUGCACAAAGCUGUUCAGAAGAAUUUGCCAAGGCCUUCGGAAGUUAAUGAAACAAUCCUGAGACCCUUGAAUGUAGAACCUCCUCUGACAGACCUGCAGAAGAGUGAAGAACUGAUAAAGAAAGAGAUGAUCACCAUGCUUCAUUUUGAUCUUCUGCAUCACCCAUAUGGAGAGCAGCCUGGGGCUAAGAAGGGGAAAGGCCCAGGAUUUGGAGCCAGCAGCACAGAGCAUAUGACUUAUCUGGAACAAAGUCCUUACGAUAAGUUCUCCAAAGAUGACCUCAAGAAGGCUCAAGACCUAUUGGCCCAAGAGAUGGAGGUGGUAAAGCAAGGAAUGGGGCAUGGAGAGCUCUCAAGUGAAGCUUAUAACCAGGUGUGGGAAGAAUGUUACAGCCAGGUGUUAUACCUACCCGGACAGAACCGAUACACCCGAGCAAACCUGGCCAGCAAAAAAGACAGAAUAGAGUCUCUUGAAAAGAGGCUUGAGAUAAAUAGAGGUCACAUGACGACAGAAGCAAAGAGGGCUGCCAAAAUGGAAAAGAAGCUGAAGAUUUUGCUUGGUGGUUACCAGUCUCGGGCAAUGGGUCUUAUCAAACAGUUAAAUGAUUUGUGGGACCAAAUUGAACAGGCUCACCUGGAGCUUCGCACCUUUGAAGAGCUAAAGAAGCAUGAAGAUGCUGCUAUUCCGAGGAGAUUGGAGUGUCUAAAAGAAGAUGUGCAGCGCCAGCAGGAGCGAGAGAAGGAGCUCCAGCAGCGAUUUGCAGACUUCAUGCUGGAUAAAGAAACUUUCCAGUCAAAAUACUGAAGCACAAGAUUCCUUUGUCCAUCAAUGUGACGUUUUUCAGGUGUACAGUUACUUCUGUCUUGCCAUCCAUGUCACAGAUAUCAAGUAUAGGUAAAUUGCUGCUCUACGCAUCUUGUGUUGUGUGGGCUUUUUUAAUGAACUUUCAUUGUACCAAACGUUCUAGGUGUAAAUGGCUUAGUUCAAUAUUAAAGAUUUUUGGAUUUAAAAAUCCAGGACUUUGGUAUUACAAGACGAAAUCACUCUUUUUUGUAGCCUCAUUGUCAUUGUUUGCUAGGGUUAUUACUGAUUCAUGCUCCCAGUGUUUUACCGUUCUUAAGAUCUACGGAACAUAAACCUGCAGUCUAUGUGCCUGUAAGUAAUGUCUCUUGAAUAAACCUGGAAUGUAAAGAUGUCUAUAAAAA